CCCAGCCCCGCGAGACCGGAACGCCGGGGGCGGGGGCAGGGGCGAGACGGAGGGGGAGCCGCGGGGAGCGCGCGGGACACGGCCCGAGGCCGCGCUCGAGCCGGGGCACCGGGCGGCGGCGCGCGCCAUGUCGUUCAGUGAGAUGAACCGCAGGACGCUGGCGUUCCGAGGAGGCGGGUUGGUCACCUCUAGCGGCGGCGGCUCCACGAACAAUAACGCUGGCGGGGAGGCCUCAGCUUGGCCUCAGCAGCCCCAGCCAAGACAGCCCCCGCCGGCAGCGCCGCCAGCGCUUCAGCAGCCCAAUGGGCGGGGGGCCGACGAGGAAGUGGAAUUGGAGGGCCUGGAGCCCCAAGACCUGGAGGCCUCCGCUGGGGCGGCCGCCGAGGAAACCAGGGAGUUGCUGCUGCCGCAAGACUCGGGCGGCCCCACCUCGCUGGGCGGCGGUGGCGCUGGGGGCCCCCUGUUAGCGGAAAGGAACCGUCGGACUCUGGCCUUCCGAGGAGGCGGCGGCGGCGGGGGUCUCGGCAACAAUGGCAGUAGCCGCGGCCGCCCGGAGACCUCGGCGUGGCCCCUGAGGCAUUUCAAUGGGCGAGGGCCGGCGGCUGUGGAUCUGGAGUUGGACGCGCUGGAGGGGAAGGAGUUGAUGCAGGACGGCGCGUCCCUGAGCGACAGCACCGAAGACGAGGAGGAGGGGGCGAGCUUGGGCGACGGCAGCGGGGCGGAAGGCGGCAGCUGCAGCAGCAGCAGGCGGUCGGGCGGCGAUGGCGGGGACGAAGUGGAGGGCAGCGGUGUGGGAGCUGGCGAAGGAGAGAUUGUCCAGCACUUCCCGCUCGCGCGGCCCAAGUCUUUAAUGCAGAAGCUACAGUGCUCCUUCCAGACCUCCUGGCUCAAGGACUUUCCCUGGCUGCGUUAUUCCAAGGAUACUGGCCUUAUGUCUUGCGGCUGGUGCCAAAAGACCCCUGCGGAUGGGGGGAGCGUGGACCUUCCCCAAGUGGGGCAUGAUGAGCUUUCGCGAGGGACCCGCAACUACAAGAAAACCCUUCUGUUGAGGCACCACGUCUCUACCGAGCACAAACUCCACGAAGCCAACGCCCAGGAGUCAGAAAUACCAUCAGAGGAGGGGUACUGUGACUUUAAUAGUAGGCCAAAUGAGAACUCUUAUUGCUAUCAACUUCUGCGACAACUAAAUGAACAGAGAAAGAAAGGUAUUCUUUGUGAUGUCAGCAUCGUGGUAAGCGGAAAAAUCUUUAAAGCUCAUAAGAACAUCCUGGUUGCAGGCAGCCGUUUCUUUAAGACUUUAUAUUGCUUUUCAAACAAAGAAAGCCCUAACCAAAACAAUACUACCCAUUUAGAUAUUGCUGCAGUUCAAGGUUUUUCAGUUAUCUUGGACUUCUUAUAUUCUGGUAAUCUGGUGCUCACAAGCCAAAAUGCCAUUGAAGUGAUGACAGUGGCCAGCUAUCUUCAAAUGAGUGAAGUUGUUCAAACUUGCCGAAAUUUCAUUAAAGAUGCCUUAAAUAUAAGCAUUAAAUCAGAAGCUCCAGAGUCUGUAGUUGUGGACUACAAUAAUAGAAAACCAGUUAAUAGAGAUGGUCUGUCUUCAUCACGGGAUCAAAAAAUUGCCAGUUUUUGGGCGACGCGGAAUCUUACCAAUUUGGCAAGUAAUGUAAAAAUUGAAAAUGAUGGUUGUAAUGUCGAGGAGGGCCAAAUAGAAAACUACCAAAUGAAUGACAGUAGUUGGGUCCAGGAUGGAUCUCCUGAAAUGGCUGAAAAUGAAUCCGAAGGUCAAACAAAAGUGUUUAUUUGGAAUAAUAUGGGAUCCCAGGGGAUUCAAGAAACUGGCAAAACAAGGAGGAAAAACCAAACUACAAAGAGAUUUAUUUAUAAUAUACCACCUAAUAAUGAAACAAAUUUAGAAGAUUGCUCAGUGAUCCAGCCACCUGUUGCCUAUGCAGAAGAAAAUACGCUACUGAUCAAGGAAGAACCAGAUUUGGAUGGUGCUCUACUCUCAGGGCCUGAUGGUGAUAGGAAUGUGAAUGCAAAUUUAUUGGCUGAAGCUGGCUCUAAUCAAGACGGAGGUGAUGCUGGUACUUCACAUGAUUUCAAGUAUGGUUUGAUGCCUGGCCCUUCAAGUGAUUUCAAGUAUGGGUUGAUACCAGGUACUUCAAAUGACUUCAAGUAUGGAUUGAUACCAGGUGCUUCAAACGAUUUCAAGUAUGGAUUAUUGCCGGAAUCUUGGCCAAAACAAGAAACUUGGGAAAAUGGUGAAUCAUCUCUAAUCAUGAACAAGUUAAAAUGCCCUCAUUGUAGCUAUGUAGCCAAAUACAGACGAACACUAAAAAGGCACUUGCUCAUUCAUACUGGAGUGAGGUCAUUUAGCUGUGAUAUUUGUGGAAAGCUGUUUACUCGAAGAGAACAUGUAAAAAGACAUUCCCUGGUGCAUAAAAAGGAUAAAAAAUACAAAUGUAUGGUGUGUAAGAAGAUCUUCAUGUUAGCAGCCAGUGUUGGAAUAAGACAUGGAUCUCGACGCUAUGGUGUUUGUGUAGACUGUGCAGAUAAAUCACAGCCAGGAGGGCAAGAAGGUGUAGAUCAGGGACAAGAAACAGAAUUCCCUCGGGAUGAAGAGUAUGAGGAGAAUGAAGUAGGAGAAGCUGAUGAAGAGCUGGUUGAUGAUGGAGAAGAUCAGAAUGAUCCAUCUCGAUGGGAUGAAUCGGGAGAUGUUUGUAUGUCUCUAGAUGAUUAACUGACCUACUAUACUCCUCAAGAAUGCUGCAUUAGGACAUACUAUGACUCGACAAUUUGGAUUGUUGAACUUGAAGGCUUGCAAAAUAUGGUACAUGCUGGAUGGUAGUUAUGUUGCUGUGAAAACUGUAGGGUCAAAGCCUUAUAGCAAAAAAAACCUUUUUUUUAUAUUUGCACAGGACUGUACAGCAAACAACCAUGUGGUUGGAUUACAUGGAGUCCCCACAUAUUCAGUCAGUUAUCAAAGUAAAAUAUUUUUUAUUUAUAGGAUAUACAGUAACUAUUUGGGUCCUAUGAAAAUAUAUUACCUGUCCUUAUAGAGCUUACAUUCAUGUGCUACUUUAACAUGAAUGAAGAAAAUCCAUUUAUGGAAGUACAGUGACAGUUGACCCAAUCACUCUGUCCAUCAAACCACUCAGGCUAGUUUGUACUAGUAGAGUUUUGUUUCUAUUUUUAUUUUUAUUAAUUUUAUUUUUUUUAAUACAGAUUUUCAGUGAGGGGCUUUUUCAACCCCAUUGGUUCUAUUUUCUUGUAUUUUUCCAUUUUAAUUUGCUUCAUAACUUAAACCAAGUCUCUUCUAGUCUUAGGUAUUUCUCAAUUUUGUGCUGAUGGGCAUGUUUGUAAGAACUGGAGAGAUAAUUUAUUGGAAUGAACUAACUGACUUCCCCCAUCUCCCCUUUCCUUUUUGACAUGAAUUUUACUACACAAAUGAAGAAUGAUGUUGCAGAGUUACCGUGGUGAAGUUGGCAAAUACCACUAAACUGAUUAUGAUUUAGAAGUAACUUUCUCUUGCUGCUCUAAUCUGAUAAAUGGUUAUAUAUAAUGUUUUCUGACA